GCCGAAUCGAGUGGUCGUGGAAAUAAAAAGUCGAAAAAGGACGAUUUUCUAGCCACAGGUAGUGGAGUCGAAGAGAAUGACGGCUUCUUCAAAGCUGCUUCUUCUGCCUCUGCUAGCACCAAGAAAAAGGCAACUGCUAGCAAGAAAACGGCGGCUAAGAAGAAUAACGACAGUGAAAGCGACGAUGAGUCCGAAGGGGAGGAGGAAAGCAGCGAUUCUGACUCCGACGAGAAGGAAGCCGACGAAACUGCAAAUAAGGAUGAUGAUGCAGCAUCGGAGAAGUCUAAAUCGAAGACCAGGGAUCCAAACAAGAGCGACUCUGACGAUUCGGACUCAUCUUCUGAUGACGAGGACAACGACGACCCCAUGCGACAGGCACGCAAGCAGUUGCGAAAACAGGCUUCUGCGGAAGCAAUUUCAGAGGAAGAAGCAAAGAAAAACUUGGAGAAGAAAGCAAAACAACUGUCCUCCACCUCCUCUUCCAACGCCGCGCUCGACGACGCUCUCGCAAACAAGAACCUGUCGAAAAAAGAGCUCAAGAAGCUUAAAAAACAAGCUGAGAAGGAACAAUUAGCACAGAAAGAGGCACUAGUCAACGCCUCCUGUGUGGAGAGAUUCCUAAACGACGUAGAGCAAGACAUGCAAUGUCUAGAGUACUUGAACGGACCGAGUCAGGGUACCGCAGAAUGGUUUGUGGAAAAUGGAAAAAAUACGUGGGCAUGCCGCUUCGACGUACCAACGCAGUGCUGCCCAUGCAAGAUCUUGCUCUCCGAAAUCAUCAAGAAGCUUCUGCAGGUACAACUUUAAUUUCUUAUUUGAUGAUGUACUUAUCAUGUUGAUGCUCAUCUUACUCAGCUUGUUCGUAUCUGCUCAGUUUUUAUGUGGUAUCAGAACUUGGAGUUCACUGUCUUUCAUCUCGUGUCAUCCAUGUGUCCUUUUUGGAGAGAAAACAGGUUUCGUAUUUUCCCAAAUCUUACUUUCUCACUCCUCAACCGGAACACAGGAAAUGUAUGCCCAAGACGACCGUGCCAAGGGCAUCGUCAAAGUGAAUGUCCUAGAGGAUAAAGGUGCAGUCAUCGUCGAAACCGAGGGUGUCAACCUCAAGGCGAUGUACAAUCUUCCUGGUGAGCUGGCUCUCGGCUCUCUCGACUAUAAUUCCCUGGACACAAACGACAUUGCCACCAUUCUAGACCUCUAUGGUGUGGAAGCGGCAAGAAACGCAGUGGUGAAAGAAAUCAGAAACGUGUUUGGGCAUUACGGUAUCGCAGUCGAUUUGAGGCACUUGUACUUGAUUGCCGACUACAUGACGCAACAAGGCGGUUACAGACCGUUUAACCGAAAGGGUAUGAGCGACAUUAGUUCGCCGUUCCUGCAGAUGACGUACGAAACUAGUCUGGGGUUUGCCGCACAAGCAGCUUCUGAGGGCAUGACGGACAGCCUCAAAUCCGCUAGUGCUGCAAUCAUUGCCGGAAAAGUGCCCAGUGUCGGGACAGGCGCAUUCGACUUGUUGCAGGACUUCACUAGGCCACAGGCACGCGCAGCAGAUGAGCACCACACGCGAUUGCCGAAUCUUGAAAGCAAGAAGUUCUUCUGCGAGUCGGAUUCAGAAGAUGAAGAUCGUACUACUUCUGGUUUGACGACGUUGCAUCCAGGCACGACCACUAUACGGGAUGUUCACGCGAACUCAGAUGAAGAGAUGGAGUGCGGAAAUGCGGCUCGUGCACAAGACGACAGCGACAGUGAGGGAGAUAUCUAUGGAAUGGGAAGGUGAAGAUCGAGAUGAAGACAUUCUUCACAUUGACCCCUCCGAACUCCUUCACGCGAGGACCCUUUCCAACUAUUCACCUCUUUUCAUCUAAGCACAUCAUGACGACCCCUAAAUCAUUCAUUCUGGAGAUAAAUGAUUUUUGCACACAAAGAAUAUCGCCUAUGAACAAGAACAACAUCCAAGGAAGAACUUCUACAAAUAAAAGCAAACCUAUUUUUUCACAUUCACACUAAACGCAAUGGGAACUGUGUGCAGGUAGAAACUAGUACCUGUCACAUUUCGUUCCAUCUCAAUAAAGAUUUUCUCAUUUUUGAGAAGAAUCUUCAUCAUCAUUGAAUCUUAUAUGUUUUGAUAACGCCUAAAUGAAAACGUGCAUGAUCUACUUCGGAAAUUAUGAUGGCCUUAGAGCCGGAAGCCACUGCUGUCUGAGCAGAAGAUAAAAGCUGUC